AUGUCUUUCAUUCUUUCCUUUUCUUUCUUUCUUUCUUUCUUUUUUUCUUUCUUUCUUUCUUUUUCCUUCUUUCCUUCCUUCAUUUCUUCCUUCCUGCCUUCCUUCCUUCCUUUUCCCGUUCUUUUCUUUCUCCUCAUUUUUCUCUUGAACCUUCCCUUCUUGAUUUUUCCUUCUUUCAUGUCUUUCAUUCUUUCCUUUUCUUUCUUUCUUUCUUUCUUUCUUUCUUUCUUUUUCCUUCUUUCUUUGACUUCCUUCCUUCGUUCCUUUCUUUUUUCCUUUCUUCCUUUUCCCGUUCUUUUCUUCCUCCUCAUUUUUCUCUUGAACCUUUUCUUCUUGAUUUUUCCGUCUUUCAUGUCUUUCUUUCUUUCCUUUUCUUUCUUUCUUUUUCUAUCGUUCUGUCUUUUUCUUUCUUGCUUUCUUUCUUUCUUUCUUCCUUUCUUUAUUUCUUUCUUUCUUUCUUACCGAUGUUCCUUUUUCCUUUCUUUUCUUUCUCCACUCAUCUCUUUUCUUCCUUAUAUUGUCUAUCAUUAUUGUUUGUCUUUCUUACUUUUUUCGUCUUUUUUUCAUUUCGUUUCUUUUCUUUCCUGUCAGUCUACUUUUUUUUCAUUUUAUUUCAAUCUUUUUUUUUCUUUCUCACAUUCUUUUCUUCCUCAACAGUCAAUAUUUGUUUUUUCUCCUGAAAAUGAUUUCGCUGCCUUGUCCUUCACACUUUAUCUUACCUUCCCUUCUUACUUCUCUCUCACUCGUUCCUUUAUUUCCAAUUAA